AUAAACAGGAGCCCCGGGUCCAAAUUUGACCUCCAUAUAAACCCAGUGUGAUUUCCUCUUGCCGCGACUCGCCAGUAUCUCCCCUUCUCCCACCGAGGCUCCGCUGCCCUCCUCGUCUUUCUUUUCGUAGGUUGUGAAGUGAAGAAGCAGCCAACAUGUCUCACGACAAGAAGAUGACGUCAAGCCGCAAGCAUCAUCUGAAGAGUGUGAUGCUGGCCAUCGCUGCUAACUGGAUAGAGAAUGAGAAGAAGGAACUUGUUGCUGCGAAGAAAGCCUACAUGGCUGAGCACUGUCCUGCUCCAAACACAAGCGGAGACCAGGCAGCCCUGAUUAACAUAUGCAAACAGCUGCAUGCAGCCAUUGACAAAAUUGAUGAGGACAGGUAUGAUAUCCUUACCAAAGUGGGCAAGGCUGAUAAGGAGAUCGAUGACCUGAAGAUC